UGGAGCAGAGGACGUACAGACGGAUGGCCGGGUAACCCAGAUCGGUUUGCUUCAACCGAUUCCUCCAGCAACGCUCGCCAGUACUGUGCCGGCCUUCGUACGUGCCUCAAAACCGCUCCCACGGUUUUCCGUUUAAUUGUUAAAUAAAAAAUCAUAAUCCCACCAUUACCAAAAACAAAGUCUCCGGAGAUUCUUCUCUACAUUUACUUAUUACUUACUCUUACGGAGGAUCUCUUCUGUUGGAUUUAUGAGAGGAAUACUAUCAGUACGAUCGUGACGCAGAGCGAUCGUCAGUAUGAUCCCGACGAGUGAUUGAAAAUAGUUGAAUCCACGAAUGAGUUAAUAAUUGGAAAAUUCCAACGAAAGCGAAGAAAAUUAGUAACAAUGAUAAUGGGACAGCUGAGUGUGCACGCUAGCUAUUGUCUAGUGCUCAUGACAAUUGUGUGGUCCUUGUCCGGAGUCGAGGGUAUCAGGAAAGAGCGUACGUUGUUGAAUGAAACUGAGAGCAAUGAAGUGCCCCUAAACAACGAAGUGAUUAACGACGAGAGGGAUUCGACACCUCACCCUCACAGCAUCCAAGACAAGCCUUCUAAACUCGAUUUGGAUGUCUCAGAGAUGAUCUACAUGGACUCCAAAAAGAUAUCCGAAAUGGAAACGCAGGUGGACAGUUCUGUCAAACGAAGGAGCAAGUGCCAAAACUCGAUAUCGAUAGAUUGCCUCGAAAGAAAGUUGUCAUCUCUGAUUGACGAUAUGUCAGCGAGAACUACAGUGAAUGUCACUGAGGCCAUUCAGGUGGUGAGAACUGAUGUGACGACACCUGUUUACGAGAACGAGGGCCUGUUGGAGAAGGUUCACAGGUACGCCAAGAGCCAUGUGAUGAGGAUCAACCUUGAUAAGGACUUAAUGCCCACGGCAGAGAGCAGAAUGUUCUUCGGAGCUACAGCUAAUGGACAGAAUCCCUUUUUAACUGGCUUCGGACUUGGUUUUUUAGCAUUCGGCCUGAAGAAACUCAUGAUACCGUUGUUCAUCGGUGUACAAAUAAUUAAAACAAUGUUGGUCGCCCUCUUCCUUCCAAGUAUCAUCGGGAGUAUCGGUAAAAUUGUUGGAAAAGGUCUUACUUCAUUUGCCCAAGGCUCAGGUGGUGCAGCACAGCCUGAAGAGAAUUUCGAGUUCAAGGAUAAUUCCGAUCUUUACCGGGAUGAUUAUAUGAUGAAGCAACCGUUGGGGACACUACCGGCUUCUGCUAUGUACGAUGAGGGAAUGCUUAUGCAACCAUCACCUAAACCUGAUUCCAGGUUGUCAUAUGUCGACUCUAGAUAUGCCGGAGCGAAUGGAUUUAAUGAUCGAUAUUAUACCAGGCAUGUUGCCACUAAUGGAUUAUCCAAGACUCAGGACUUUAAGGUCUUCCAUGAGAUACCAACGAGUUCGUUACUGUUGACGAACUAUGACCCAUUCUACUCGCCACUGCUGUCUCGUUUAGACGCUGUAUUUUCACGUUUGGGUUAUACGACCGAAUCCUGCCGUGAGUAUGCAGUUUGUGCGAUGUACAGGAGUCCAGCAAGGUACGCGCCGUAUUCAAAUUUAGUGUCUGCGCAAUUGUCGAGGGAAUUGAACGAGCUGAGAAGACCAAGCACUGACAACCCAGAUGUCCUGCGCUUCUUCAAAUACAUGAAGGCUGCCAAGGACGGACAGGACGGUAUAAAGUGUGAGAAAGCUUACUCCGGUUGUGAUAUAGCGAGAGAUGAUCCCAGUCUCAGGCAGAAUCAGGCGAUGCUAGCUACUUAUCAGGAUAUCGACAAACUCGUGCACGCGAGGAAAUUGUAAAUUUUUUUUUACUGUCAAGUAUCAGACUGUUGAUGUUCAAUUAAUAGUGAAAUGUGGAUUGAUGAAUGGACUUUGAGGAAAUGCUGAUAGAUCACACUGAAGAGGAUUGAACAGCUGUUGGUCCCUUCACGCGUUUUUUUCUGGUCGUCCCAGGUGACUUUUCUAUUCCCAGAAUCGAAAGUCGGUGAUUACUGGCGACCCUUGGGCAACCGUUAACGAGAAGAAUUAUUGGGGAAUUAUUGGUGAUGAUUGCGUGGUGACUGUAGGACGACAAGAAGAUGAAAGUUUAUUUGUUCACCAGUCGCUGUCAUCCUCGAGUACCAGACAUACAUUUUCUAAUUGAUGCUCAUUGUUCUUGGAUCGUUUUUGGACUGCGAGGUCCUCUCACGAAUUUGAUUGAAUGAUUCCCCACACACUACACAUAAACUUGGAACAAACUUAAUAGUGAUAAGGAUAGAUAAUUUAUUUAAUUUCUUGAAUUAUUUAAUUGGAUUAAAACGAGUGGA